AUGCCCGAGCUUAACGACGGCGUCGACAAUGGCGCCGUCGAACGUGCCACGCCCACGGAGCAGGAAGAUGCGGUGUCAAGCGACGACGACGGAAAGUCGGACGAAUCUGCCGGUGCAUCGUCAGAUGAGGAAGCACAUGCUGCUGCGAUACUGGAUGGCGAGGAGAGUGCGCCUGAGGGCAUGUUUCAGCCACAGGACAACUUCGACACGCUAAUGGAGGUGUUCCGCUUCAUAGAUGGCUGCAACAACGGUGCGGGACUCUCGAACGAGAGUACGGUGGGGCUCCUGAACCUUCUGCGCAACGAGCGCCUCGAGCUAGCGGCCGUGAUCGAGCUACUUGGGAAUCCAGAGAACGCCGAAGGGUUCGUGCUCGAGCCACGCCAAGUGAACACAACUGCUGGACGUGUGUACACGACUCCAGAAACCGCAACGUUCUGGGAAUACGCGCAUACGACAGCACAGGCGGAGAAUGGACCUGGAGCGGUGGUGGUUCCGCUCAUCCUCUCGAGCGAUUCGACCAUUCUAACCGGAAAUGAGCGCACCCGAGUGUGGGCGGUGUAUAUCUCCAUCGCUAAUAUCCCGCUCCGGCGCCGAUGGCUUGGCUGCGGGAAGAUUCUACUGGCGAUGCUCCCGUUCGCGCAGAAUAACAUGUCUCCGGCCCAGAAAGUGGAGCUAUUUCAAGCGGCGAUGAAGAUCGUGCUGGCCGAUCUUAUCUUUGCCAGUCACACGGGAUUAGCAGCCAAGGAUCCGACAGGGGUGGACCGCUACUUUGUGCCUCUGCUGUUCUCCUACGUUGCUGACUACCCCGAAACUUGCAAGGUCUCGUGCAUACAGCAACUGGCCUCGGCGAUGCCUUGCUCUAUCUGCUACGUGGGGCGAGGACAGCUCCGAGACAUGGAGCGGGACCCAGCCGACCACCGCACGGUCCAGCAGCAGGAGCAGUUGGUGGGCGACCCAACAGAGGCGAAGGAGUACUCGACCAUUCCAAUCCCGCUCGCACCGUUCGCGCUCGAGGGAGAGGGGGAGAUUGUCAACAGGCUGGCGCUCGUGACUGUGCUUGAGUGGCACGAGUCUGCUGGCGAGCUCCAAGUCACUCUGACGAUGAUACAAACUGUGGAGUCUGUCUUCCCGCGUGAGGGAGAUGGGUGGAACCUAAUCAAGGUCCACCUCCUCACCCACGUGCCCGAGUCUGUCAGGCGUGCCGGGUUACCGAGCCAGUACUCGGCGGCGGUGUACGAGAACACUCACAUCCGCACGUGCAAGCUGCCUUACAGGACAUCCAACCGCCGCCAGCCUCUGCAGACGAUUGCCGCGCACAACGUGCGCGCCGCUGCGCUGACGCAGCUGACAACGGCUUUUCCAGCCCGCAGGCGCAACCAGACGGCAUUGACCCGGCUAAUGGGCAUAUUUACACCAUUGGACCGAUGCAUCCUCCUCCAGGCUAUUGCGCCUGGCACCCCUCAGCUGACGGCAUCGCGCAAGUCCCUGACUGCACGGCCCGACCACGACCUUGACGCGGGCUCAGUUUUUGAGGAGAUCAACAAGGCCGUCGGGGGGCUCCUAAUAUGCUACGACACUGUGAUGCGCCACGCCGGCUUGCGCCCCUUCCCAGCCAAGGCGCACACUGCAGUGGCGCUGCCGGCCCAGCCAACCGACCACGGGCACAUCAAGCCCCAUUAUGUACGUGCUGCAGCAUCGCUGCACGGGCGCACGACCUUCUCCUACGUGGAGUACGAAUCGGCCCGUGGGCAGACCCAGUACGGACGGCUGCUCAUGCUCCUGGAUGCAGAGCGUCCGCUGGACGACAGCAACUAUGAGCCAGCAGAGGUGGCCGUACUGCAGAGGCUGACCCCCCAGGGCCUUGACCAGUGCACGGGCUGCCAGAUGCUCGGCCCACCCGAGUAUCAUCGCGGGCUCGCUGUCGUCCCCAUCUCCCAGCUCCGCCGCACAGUCCACUUCGUGCCGUCGUUCGACGAGCCAGAUUUCUGGUACCUCAACAAGUGGGCAUACCUUAUCAACGAGGAACGGGACUAG